GACUCCCCCUAAAGGAAAAAAAAAAAAAAAAGCAGCAAGAAAAGCGAAAACCGAAAAUGAUCCCCUGACAGUCACAGAAAUAGGAAAGGCUAAGAGAAAGGCUGAAAAUGGUUAGAAUAAACAGGUUAUGUUAAGUUAAAAGAGUGCGAGAUUGUCCGACUAUUUCAGCGAGCCAAAACAUGGAGACUUGAUCUUUACAAGGGAACUGAGAUUUUGUGCUGACUGAACAACAGCAUUUUUUUUUUUUUUUUACCAGACAUGUAUGCGUUUAUCUUGCGUGUGAUCAGCUGUCUGUGUAUCUUUCAGGGAGGUGUUUUUUCUGAAGAAUGCAGUCAGGGUGUACACGGAAAACGUGAGACAUUCUUCGUGCCUGCGGGGGGCAGCUUGUCUCUGCCCUGUGUGGUUCAGCACUGUGGAGGCAACUGGACAGGCAACUGGUUGAAGUUGUGGGAAAAUCUCACAACUUCAACCACUGUUGAAAACAGUGCAAGGCACCAUAUCACCAUUGCCCCAGUCAGUGCCAAUCGAAGCGAACUACAUUUAAAGAUUUUGAGUGUUAGACAGUCAGAUGAAGGGUUUUACACAUGCAGUGUGAAAUGGAGUGAUGGAAGCCAGGCUGUAAGCCAUUGGAAGCAAGUGAAUGUCACAAAAGGUGUUGCCUCGCAGAGAAAACUCUUACAUAGGAUUCUGGUCUGCACUGGCGCCUUUCUUUGUCUUCCUGUCAUUUUGGGAUUGGCUCGCUGCCUGAGUUCAGAGGUUAAGCAACAGCCACAUCCCAGGAAAGAGGUCUUACAUGCAAAUGGACAUAGAGAUAGAUCACAUCAGCCUCCACAGCCUCCGCCCCGACGCCCAGUACCAAAGAAACGCACUGCUCCUCCUCACAAAGCUCCCUCACCGUCCCAGCAAAAGCCAGAGUUGCUGUACGCAGACAUUUCUCAAGAUGCCCUGAGGAAUCAAAAGGCUCAGAGAGAGCCAGCUCAACCCACCGUCUACUCAUCUGUCAGAUUUUCCUGACAAGCAGAAGACGGAGAUAUGGAGCAGUCGGGUCCAAAUGUCUGUGGUAUAUCCCAUUUAUUUUGGCCUUCAUCUAUUUUUCCAGUUCUUGUGCUGUAGCGGAACGAUCAUAUUGGACACAACUUCAGUGAUUCAAUGUCUUUGAGCCAUCACCAAGGUCCUGGCAUCAUUCUGGUUGGAUGCAAAACUUUCCAUUAGAGGUGAAAACGUGUUUAAAUGAGAUGGGUUUUCUUGCACUGACCCAACUUUUUAGUCAUAUCAUAAGGGGUAUUCAAGAAGCUCAGUUUCAGCCUGCUUUGUACAUUACAAAAGCAGUUUGGUUGGGUCUUUAGGAUUAUUGUCCUACCAUAACUAAUGUGCACAGGUUUCAACUGUCCAGCUGUCGAUUUGAGGUAAAGUUGAAUAACCUCGAGGUAGUUUUUAAUUUUUAUUAAUUCCAUUCAGCUUAGUUUUAUUUAUAGAGUGCUGAUUCAUACUGAAUGAAUCAUCCUGAGGCAUUUUUAUCCAAAAUGAACAUUUACUUUAUUCUAGUGAUCAAGCAGUACGUUAAGCUCAGUUAAUUAUUCUAAGUAGUUUAAAAAGUUUCAAUCUAAGGCAGUGGUUCUUAACCUUUUUUGAGGUACCGAACCCAACAGAUUCAUAUGCG